AACAUGCCGGGACGUGUCCGGGUGUCACGGGAUAAUGAGUCAGCGAAGCUUUAAAUAGACUCGGUUUCGUUUCCGCUCUCAGACCGACAGCAGAGACAGACUCUUCUGCAGUUUCUCCUUUGGCCCCCUUUCGGAUCAAGACCCAACAACAAUGCGGAACCACAACACCAAGCAGACUUCCACUGGCACGGCUCAGAAACCAGUCCUCCCUCAGGUCAGAUACCACCCCUCCAUCCAGACUCCAGAAGGCAUCACUGGAACCAGAACCUCCAGUAAAACCAGACCCGGUGCUGCGCGCCCCCUUCAGACUGGGACUGACUCCCGGGCAGAUCCAGGAAACAGCGGCGCCCAAAAAGCUGCCUCGGCUGCGAGACCUCCUCCUGAAGGACAGAAACGGGCACAGAAACCUGUGAAGGAGGCGGUUGCUGCUGAUCCAGAUCCUCCCCAGAAACCUUCCCCAGCAGCCCCUCCCAGACCCGAGCAGGUGCCCCUGGAUGUGGGUGUCCAUCUGGACCGGUGUGUGGUGGAGGAGGUGGAAGUCUUGACCCGCGGACAGAGAAACAACCCAGACUGGUUCGCUUGGAGGAAGAACCGGAUCACGGCCUCGGUGGCACACAGCAUCGCUCGCUCCGGCUUUGUUAACGGCAAGAGUAAAACUCCGCCCACCUCCUACCUGGCUGCUGUCACAGGUGAGGGGCGCAGAGUCCAGACCAGAGCCAUGAGCUGGGGGGUCCACAUGGAGGCUGAGGUCAUCCGCAGGUACCAGGUGUGUUUCAGCAUCUUUGUAACACUCAGCCAUCCUCACAAACACGGCCAGCAGGAUGUAUGA